GUUUCUUUUGGAAAAAGUUGUUCCAAGGCAAAGCUGCUGGGCUGCGAGUGAUUUGUUGAGAGGAGCGCGCUGAGAGAUGAGAGCAAUUUCUCACGAGCUUCACUGGCGUUUCCAUCUUCUGUUGGAUUUCUGGAGCGGCCGACGUUGGGAUGAUCCAGUAAUUUCAAAAGAACAACCACGUCAAUGCGCGCUGUAGGUGUGUUGUGAAAAAGAGAGCGCCUGGCUUCUGGUUCGGCGGCCCGGCUGUGUUUGGGUUCUUUGGCGCGGCUAUCAAGACGGGCUUCCGCACCUCGGGGCAUGGACAGCUGGAAGGCCCGCCGGCCCGAGCUUACGCUUCCUUGCAGCGCUUUACUCAGGGCGCAUGGCCAGGGAGCCGGUAGAGUUCGAUCGCGAGUGCCCCGGGGUCGGGCAGAGCAUGCCGCACCGGUGUCCCGCUUUACAUUUCCAGCGGGGCGCGUGGUCGAAGGCGUGUCGGUGUGGCCUGGCACAGUGUUGCUGCUGUACCGGCGGCGGCCUUGGAAGCAAGGCCGCCCAUCCCGGACACGUUCGCACACACCGCCCGCCAUCAUUCACGGCGAACAAAAGGCGGAGGAACCAAGCCCAACACGCUCGCCGAAGAAUUUGAGCGAUGGCCGCCCGGUUGGCCGCUGGCUGCCUGUGCCCGCCGCUACGCACCUGGGGGGUUGGUCGCCUCGAUGCGACGGGGCUAGUCGCCGGCGGUCGCGCGGCCGCUUCCUCGCUUUGCAGCAUGCCGGGGCGGCGCACUUCGAUUCGGGCGGGAGCUUAUUUUGGCCAGCCACGGACCCCCGUGAUCCAUUUUUUUGCGGUAGGGGCCUUACAUAUAGCGUUGCGGGUGUGCGUGCUGGCAUUUCUGUGCCAGUCUGUCAUCUGGCGCGCGAAACAGUGCCGCCGGUCCGUUCUUGUGCCCUGGCUGUGUGUGGCAGGCGUUCUAGCCCCGUGCUGACGGCAUCGCUGCCGUUGUUGGAACGUACUUGAAAAAAGAGCUUUCUCAGUGUGUAU